AUGGAUCCCCGGGUUGCCUGGAUCCAGCCCGAGCAGAAAGGCCCCGCCAAUGCGCUCUGGAUGCAGAUCUGGGAGACCUCGCAGGGCCGGAUCGGCGGCGCCGGCUCUUCGACGUCCUCGCCGUCCUCCUCGUCUUCGCCUGCCUUCCCGCCGACGGCCGCCACCCGCUAUUCCUUUUGCCGGUUUAGCCCGGCGGCAGCGGCGGCGCCUCCUCCACCGCCCUGCUCCGAGGCCGCUGCCGUUGCUGCUGCUGGCGGACCUCUGUCGUCUCCUCAGCUGAUCUCCAAGCCGGCUUCCCUGCGCCUUCUGCCUGCCCAGAGCGCGGAAAGACGAGCGCCGCGCCUGCUGCUCCUACAGAAGGCCCCGUCCGCGUCCUCCUCCUCCUCGGCCGAGUCUGGCGCUGACAGCCCCGGGGGUGGCUCUUCUUCGUCGCCCUCCUGCGUCCGGCCCGGACUUGGGCCGCCACCGCCGGCCUCGGGUAAAAUCUUGGCAAGCGCCGCUGAAGCGAAUUCAGUGAAGCGAGAAGAGCUGGAGGAGGAGGAAGGAGGGCAGGCCCCGUGGGCCUCCGGCGUGGCCGUCACCGCCCCUUCUCCCCAUCACCAUUACUACCACCACCAUCACCACCUCGACCAUCAGUACCACCCGGGGCGCAGGAAACGAGAGAACAAGGCCAGCACGUAUGGGAUGAACUAUCUGCUCUCGGGCGGCUGUGUCGGGACCGUCCGCAGGGGGACCGCCCCAGGUGGCGAAAAUGGCCCGUGCUCUCCCACGCAGGCCGGCUGCUCCCUUGCUCUAGGCACGCCUUGGAAAAAUAGGCAAUACAGCUCAGGUAUACAAGGGCUCCAUGAAGAAAUAAUUGACUUUUAUGACUUUAUGUCCCCAUGUCCUGAAGAAGCAGUUAUGAGACGAGAAGUUGUGAAAAGAAUAGAAACUGUCAUCAAAGAUCUUUGGCCUACAGCUGACGUUCAAAUAUUUGGGAGUUUUAGUACAGGACUUUAUCUGCCAACAAGUGAUAUUGAUUUAGUGGUUUUUGGAAAAUGGGAGAGCCCACCUCUCCAGCAGCUAGAACAAGCCCUAAGGAAACACAAUGUGGCCGAGCCACAUUCGAUUAAAGUACUUGACAAAGCUACAGUACCAAUAAUUAAACUUACAGACCAGGCUACAGAGGUGAAAGUUGAUAUUAGUUUUAAUGUAGAAACUGGUGUGAAGGCAGCUCGACUUAUCAAAGACUACAUGAAGAAAUACUCAUUGCUGCCUUACUUGAUUUUAGUAUUAAAGCAAUUCCUUCUUCAGAGGGAUUUGAAUGAGGUUUUUACUGGUGGAAUUAGCUCCUAUAGCUUAAUUUUAAUGGCAAUUAGCUUCUUACAGUUGCACCCAAGAAUUGAUGCUCGAAGAUAUGAUGAAAAUCUAGGAAUGCUUCUAAUAGAAUUUUUUGAACUCUAUGGAAGGAAUUUUAAUUACUUAAAAACUGGUAUUAGAAUAAAAAAUGGAGGUGCCUAUAUUGCCAAAGAAGAAAUCAUGAAAACCAUGACUAAUGGAUAUCGACCAUCCAUGUUAUGUAUUGAAGAUCCCCUUCUGCCUGGCAAUGAUGUUGGAAGAAGUUGUUAUGGUGCCAUGCAAGUAAAGCAAGUUUUUGACUAUGCCUACAUUGUUCUAAGCCAUGCAGUAUCACCACUUGCAAAAUCAUAUCCUAAUAGAGAUUCAGAAAGUACUUUAGGUAGAAUUAUUAAAGUGACAGAAGAGGUGAUUGACUACAGAGCAUGGAUUAAAAAAAAAUGGGGAAACAAAGCUAACUUUUCAUCUGAUCUUGAUGUUCAGCUGAAAGACAGAGAAUCAAUAUCUUCAGAGAGUGCAACCCAGACUAGAGAUACCGAAUUGCUUUACAACCAACCUUUGACUUUGUCAUUUACUGAUAUGCAACAAUUAUCAUCAGGUUCAUCUGCCUCAUCAGUAUCAUCUCUUUCUGGAAGUGAUGUUGAUUCUGAUACUCCACCUUGCACAACUCCUAAUAUAUACCACUUCAGCCUGCAAGCACCAUCUCCACUUACGGCUGGAAUACAUCCGGCAUUAACUAUGCCAAGUGGUAAAAAUCAGUCUGUGCCUGCAAGAGCAUUGAUUAUGGCCACGAAUAAUCAGCAGCACAAUGGAGUGAAGUUCACUGUGAAAGGAGCUCAUAAUCAAGGCAGCGGAUACAAUUCUGCCAGUAAUGGAGCUGUAAGGCAGCCAGUUAGCAACAGAGGUCAUCACCAACACAACCGUAAUAUUUGGAGGAGAAAGAAGUACAGGGACAGUUUGCCUAUUAGCCUUAGCAGAUAAUGGCCAACUUCAGAGUCCUCUUUAAACUAAUGCAGUGUGUGUGAUACUGCUCUGGGAGGAUUUGAGACCAGCACUGAGUACAUCUGUCUGUGGAUGUUGCCAAAUAUCUGCAUCCAACGUUUGCAUGUUUCGUGUGUGGUGAUGGAGUCCAUCUUAAAAGAAAUAAUUGUGCUUAUCGUGAAGCCUUAUUAAACUGUGGAAGUUUGUCUUCUGCCUAUCCAUGAUUAUUACAGUGCUGAAACAGCUCUGGUAAGAUUAUUGGGAGGACCAUAAAUGCUGUGGCACUUUGCUGUAGCUGCAUUUGUUUAUAAUUGGUUGUU